CGUAUUUUAAAUUGAGCGUGCUAACGUCUUUGGUGAAACCGGUGAGACAAGAAAGCAUACAGAUAACGACAGCUGCAAGUUUGUGGUAGCUAUUGCACGUAGUCUAUAUAAAAAUACAAAGCAUCAACAUUUUUUUAGUAUUUAUUGAAGUUGUGGCCUUUUUAGGCCUUUUUUAUAAUAUUAAUAAUGGAUAAUUACUUGAAAAUUGAAAAAAUUGGUGAAGGUACUUAUGGCGUUGUUUACAAAGGUAAACAUAAAAAGACUGGGGAAAUAGUAGCAAUGAAAAAAAUUCGCCUGGAGAGUGACGAUGAAGGAAUUCCAUCAACAGCAAUUAGAGAAAUAUCAUUGUUGAAAGAAUUAAAACACCCAAAUAUUGUUGGCUUGCUCGAUGUACUUAUGGAAGAAUCCAGACUUUAUCUCAUUUUUGAAUACCUUACAAUGGAUUUAAAGAAAUAUAUGGAUACUUUAGGAAGUGGAAAGCUCAUGGAUCCUGUCAUGGUCAAAUCUUAUCUUCACCAGAUCACAACAGCAAUAUUAUUUUGUCAUACUCGUCGAGUUUUACAUCGUGAUUUAAAACCACAAAAUUUACUCAUUGAUAAUAAAGGAGGAAUCAAAGUUGCUGAUUUUGGAUUGGGAAGAGCUUUUGGAAUACCAGUACGUGUUUACACUCAUGAAGUAGUCACUCUAUGGUAUAGAGCUCCAGAAAUUCUUCUUGGAACUACUAGGUACACAUGUGCCAUUGAUGUUUGGAGUAUCGGAUGUAUAUUUGCUGAAAUGUCAACGAAAAAACCAUUGUUCCAAGGGGACAGUGAAAUAGAUCAACUUUUCCGAAUUUUUCGUGUUUUAAAAACUCCAACAGAAGAAAACUGGCCUGGAGUUACUCAGCUUUCUGAUUACAAAGCAACUUUUCCUAAUUGGACAUCUAACAACUUGGCUAAUCAUGUAUCAACCCUUGAUGAACAGGGCUUAAAUUUACUUCAAGCAAUGUUAAUAUAUAAUCCAGAACGUAGAAUUUCAGCGCGUUCUAUAUUACAACAUCCUUAUUUCGAUGGUUUCGACUCCAAAAAAUCUUGUGUAUAAUUUAGAGUACAAUUAUAAGUUUUUAGAUUUAGAAUUCUUAUGCAUAUAUAUAUAUUUUUGUCUUUAAUAUGUUAAUUUAUUAUAAUAAGGUAUUUUUAAUGUUCGAAAAUCGGAAAUCCUUUGUUUAUUCAUUAGUUCCAUUCAAUAAUCAUUUAAUCCAUUGAAUUAGCUCAAUUCGUAUGAAUGGAUUAUGUCAUUUUUUUGACAAAAUUAAUAUUGACGAACUCCC